ACAGAGAAUAAUAUAUUAAUUCUUUAACUAUUUUGUACUGGCAUGUGAAAGUGUGGCAUACACCUCUAAUAGAAAUGCUGUAUCACGCUCAGUGUAAUCAACUUUUGUCUCAAGCACAGACUCAGACACAGGCCUACAUGUGCUCACAUGGAUACUCGCAUUUCCCGACACUGCAUGGUGCAUAUAGAAGAAAAACACAGACGUACACGUACACAUAGUCAGAACAGAGCCGUCUGUGUUGGAUCAGGCACGGAGGCUUCCCACAUAAUUCCUGUGCAUAAAUUCCUGCGUGUCUGAAAUUAAUUUUUAGAGGAAAAGUGCCCAGAAAAGACAGAUUCAUCUUCAUGUUUAUUUGAGUUCAACCCCAAGCUAGAGACCCCUCCUAGGGCUCCAAAUGAACUCGGUUUCCCUUACACAAACAUAUACACAGAUCAAGGUGUGUUUGUCUUUCCUACCCAAACUCUAGGUUUUUCGGGGCAGGUAUCCCCCUCCCCCCAGAAAAGUCUGUUCACCUUAGGGAGAAGAAUUUGAAGGCGGCGUCUAGAAGCUUAAGUGUGUAUCUGUGAAUAUGUGUUUUGUUGAUAACCUGCACAUUUCUCUGUCUGUGAAUCAGUCUGUCUCUGGUAGUCGAGCAGGUCAUUAGGAAUCACGUCGCAUUACAGUAUGACAUUGCCGGGGUUUGUGAUGCUGCUAUGCAUCCUGGGAGCUCAAGCCACCAUGGAUCCGAGAAAUGCUGCUGCUAUGGCUGCAGGCUUGUGUAACACCAAGCCCACUGAUGUGGUGUUCAUCAUCGACAGCUCUCGAAGUGUCCGCCCCGCAGAGUUCGAACAGGUCAAGGUCUUCAUGGCCAAAGUGAUUGACGGUUUGAACGUCGGGCCUGAUGCUACUCGCGUGGGCGUUGUAAACUACGCCAGUCAAGUGAAGAACGAGGUCUCUCUGAAGUCCCACAAAACCAAAGCAGCGCUCGUCAAAGCUGUGUCUAAGAUCGAGCCACUGUCCACCGGUACCAUGACCGGCCUCGCCAUCCAGUUUGCAUUGAACGUGGCCUUCAGUGAAGCCGAGGGAGCACGCAAAUCCCCUGACAUCAGCAAGGUGGCCAUUAUUGUGACCGACGGAAGACCUCAGGACAACAUCCAAAACAUUGCAGCAAGGGCGCGAGAGGCCGGCAUUGAGAUAUUCGCCAUUGGAGUGGGUCGCGUGGACAUGACCACGCUCAGACAGAUGGCCAGCGAGACUCUCGAGGAUCACGUGGACUACGUGGAGAGCUACAGCAUGAUUGAGAAGCUCACCAAGAAGUUCCAGGAGGCCUUCUGUGAGAAUGUGUCGGACCUAUGCAUGUCAGGCGAUCAUGACUGUGAGCACAUUUGCAUCAGCACAACCGGAUCUUUCAAGUGUGCCUGCAGAGACGGAUUUACACUCCAGGGCGAUGGCCGAUCAUGCAGCGCUUGCAGUAACGCGGCCACAGAUGUGGUCUUCUUGAUCGACGGCUCCAAGAGUGUGAGACCAGAGAACUUCGAGCUGGUCAAGAAAUGGAUCAACCUGAUCAUCGACAAACUGGACGUGUCAGAGACAAACACCCAUGUGGGACUGGUGCAGUAUUCCAGCACUGUGAAGCAGGAGUUCCCUCUGGGACGCUACAACAACAAAAAGGCCCUGAAAGAAGCAGUGAAAAAGAUGGACUAUAUGGAGAGGGGAACCAUGACUGGCCUGGCCAUCAGUUUCCUGGUUGAUACCAGCUUUACUCCUAACCAGGGCGCCAGACCCGGAGUGCCAAAGGUCGGUAUUGUCUUCACUGAUGGCAGGUCACAAGACUACAUUGGAGAAGCUGCCAAGAAAGCCAAGGAGAAUGGCUUUAAGAUGUAUGCGGUGGGCGUUGGUAAUGCUAUUGAAGACGAGCUGAAAAUAAUCGCCUCUGAACCUGUCACUGACCAUUACUUCUACACGGCAGACUUCAAAUCCAUUAACCAAAUUGUCAAGAAGCUGCAAAUCAAUGUUUGUCAAGUGGAAGAUCCCUGUGAAUGUAAGUCCAUUGUCAAGUUCCAGAAAAAGGUGGAGGAGGCAUUACAGGCGUUAACAAAGAAAUUGGAAGCUGUGACGAAAAGGAUCGCUGCCCUGGAGAACAAGAUUGUUUGAGAAAGCACCAACAUCUAAUGCUCACACUGCCAUUCUUUUCUUUUUUUUGUAAAAAACACCACCUGUGACCUUUGACCCUAAUGCUUAUGUUCCUCUCCUCCACUUCAAUUCUUUUCUGCUCCUCUGCAUUCAUCACUAUUGUCCAUGGGGAUGGAGCACUGAUUGUGAUGAUGACCAUGGUUUACCUGACCAAGCUUGCUCUGAAUUAUGGUCACUAAUCAAUACAAUUCAAGGUGUCGAUUUUCAAACAGCCAUCCCCUCUAACAAAACCCUGUGUGCGUUGAGUAAAAAUAUUCCUGCGAAGGUCUUCACAUAUAACCUGGACAAUAAAGUCUUCCCUUUGCGGAAAUGGUGUGUAAAUUAAAUACAGAGAAGGUUUCAUUCUGUCUUUGCUCUUUUUCAUUCUACCUUUCUCAAACCCAUUCUCCCAGAUUUUGCCCUGAAAAUAUUA